CCAUAGGUCUGGAGUGCUGAGGGACCUCGGGACCCGCCAGUGUUGGCCAUGGCUCCAUCCAGCAAGCCUUGGCGUUUGGGUGCCGCUCGCUGUGCUAGAUCAGGAUCUACAGGCGGCCCCAGAAGCGCUCUCUACUCAGGAUGGAGUCCCGAUAGCUACCCAAGAAAACACCAUGAAAGAUACUGACAUCAAGAGACUGCUGUAUUCCAAUCUUUUGUGCGUAUUUUCAGUUUUCCUAAGCGUUUUUAUUCCAUCCCUCUUCCUGGAUAACUUCUCAAUACUGGAAACUCACCUGACCUGGCUGUGCACGUGUUCUACUUCUGUGACUGGUGUCAAUCUCCUGUUACAUUUAGUAGUGAAACCAAAUGUGUCUUCUAGAAGAAGUUCCUUAUCACACAAGGUGUCCAGAGUUUUGAAAUGCUGCAUCUACUUUCUUCUGUCUUGUUUUUUCCUUCAUAUCAUUUUUGUUCUAUAUGGCGCACCACUAAUAGAGUUGGUGUUGGAAACGUUUUUAUUUGCAGUUAUCUUGUCUACUUUUACUACAGUACCUUGUUUGUGUUUGCUAGGACCAAACCUCAAAGCAUGGCUGAGAGUUUUCAGUAGAAAUGGAGUUACAUCCAUUUGGGAAAACAGUCUUCAGAUCACUACAAUUUCCAGUUUUAUAGGAGCAUGGCUUGGAGCAUUCCCUAUUCCACUGGAUUGGGAAAGACCGUGGCAGGUGUGGCCCAUCUCCUGUACACUCGGAGCGACCUUUGGCUACGUGGCUGGCCUGGUUAGCUCACCACUCUGGAUAUACUGGAAUAGAAAGCAACUUACAUACAAGAGCAAUUAAGAGGAGAAAGGGGAGAAGACAUUUCUUUGUGCAGAUUCUGUAAGGGCUGUGCAGAAAUGUGUAUGGUCAAGCCAAGCAGUUCCUUUUACAGCACUGUUGUUUUUUUUUCAAUGUCGUUUCAACAUGGUGUGAUUGUAGCUUUUUAACUAUGAAACCCCUGAGAGAUUUACCUUCUAGUUGAAAUAAAGUAUUUAUAGUA